AUGCGCAGCUAUCUACCCUCCCUCCAAAUCAUCGGUGAACGAAACUGCGGCAGCUACAACCGUUGUACGACGAGUACGCGGGUAUUACAGCUGACAAUGAUGAUGAUGUUAGACAACCGGUCUGCCAAUCAAGAACAACCUUCAUGUGAUGAACAAUUUGGUUUCACGUCGUGUGUGUUUUCAUUGGUUAAUUCUAAAAUUGUACUGGUAAGCAAAGGGAAGGGUUCCGAGGUCAUCCGAGGCAAACAAACGAACCUAGCUGUUCAUAAGAUUCUCUCUUUCAUUGCGUAUCGUGCUUCAUGA